GAUCCGUCAUCUGCUGGUGCGAGAGCAAAAGCCCCCCAAAUGUCAGUGCUUUGCGCACGCCUGACCUUCCGGCAAGGUGACCGAGAUUAGAGAGCCAGCUCCGAGGUUUAUUCUCUAUUGGAAUUUCGUGUGGUGAGCACUUGGUCAGACAAACUCCAGUGCCACUCCAGACUCGCGCCAGAGAGCACCGGGAUUGUGUGUUGUUUCAAUCCAUCCCCUCAGUGUGAGUGAGGUUUUUCCGGUGAAAAUCCCAUUGGGAAUUUAUCUUGUGUUAUACCGCCAAAGCAAAAAAAAAAAAAAUGUCGAAGCCCCAGACGGACAGUGAGAAGCGCAAGCAGAUUAGCGUCCGAGGAAUUGCUCAGGUUGAGAGUGUGUCUGAGGUGAAGAAGAACUUCAAUCGCCACCUGCACUACACCCUUGUCAAGGAUAGGAAUGUCUCCACACCCAGGGACUACUACUUCGCCCUGGCACACUGUGUCAAGGACAACCUCGUGAGCCGAUGGAUCCGCACGCAGCAGUACUACUACGAGAAGGAUCCCAAGCGCGUCUACUACCUAUCCCUGGAGUACUACAUGGGGAGAUCCCUGCAAAAUACAAUGAUUAAUCUGGGACUCCAGGGAGCAUGCGAUGAGGCAAUGUACCAGGUGGGAUUGGAUAUUGAGGAGCUGGAGGAGCUCGAAGAAGAUGCUGGACUGGGAAAUGGUGGCUUGGGACGCUUAGCUGCUUGCUUCCUUGACUCAAUGGCUACUCUUGGGCUCGCUGCCUAUGGCUAUGGAAUUCGCUAUGAGUACGGCAUCUUUGCGCAGAAAAUUAAAAACGGCGAGCAAGUUGAGGAACCAGAUGAUUGGCUGAGGUAUGGAAAUCCCUGGGAGAAGGCUCGUCCUGAAUACAUGAUUCCCGUUUACUUCUACGGACGCGUCGUGGAUGAGCCAAAUGGGAAGAAGAAGUGGGUGGAUACACAGACAGUGUACGCCAUGCCAUACGACAAUCCCAUUCCCGGCUACAACAACAACGUUGUCAAUACGCUUCGUCUCUGGUCAGCCAAGAGUCCCAUUGACUUCAACCUGAAGUUCUUCAAUGACGGCGACUACAUUCAAGCUGUGCUGGAUCGUAAUUUAGCUGAGAACAUCAGUCGUGUCCUCUAUCCCAAUGAUAACUUCUUCGAGGGCAAGGAAUUGCGUCUGAAGCAGGAAUACUUCAUGUGCGCCGCCACGCUGCAGGACAUCAUUCGUCGGUAUAAAUCCUCCAAGUUUGGUUCUCGUGCUGCUGUUCGCACCAGCUUUGACUCCUUCCCCGAGAAGGUGGCUAUUCAGCUGAAUGACACACAUCCCUCACUGGCCAUUCCUGAACUCAUGCGCAUCCUCGUUGACAUUGAGGGGCUUUCGUGGGAGAAGGCCUGGGACAUAACAGUGCGUACGUGUGCCUACACCAAUCACACCGUCCUUCCGGAAGCUUUGGAAAGGUGGCCGGUUUCCAUGCUGGAGAGUAUCCUGCCGCGUCAUCUGCAAAUCAUCUACCACAUUAACUUCCUUCACCUGCAGGCAGUUGAGAAGCGCUACCCCGGAGAUAUGGAGCGUCUUCGGAGGAUGUCACUCGUUGAGGAGGAAGGUGAGAAGCGCAUCAACAUGGCACAUCUCUCCAUCGUUGGCUCUCACGCUGUCAACGGGGUCGCGUGGAUUCACUCUGAAAUCCUCAAAUCAGACAUCUUCAAACUCUUCUACGAGAUGAAUCCUGAGAAGUUCCAGAAUAAGACUAAUGGAAUUACUCCACGUCGUUGGUUGUUGCUCUGCAAUCCGAAUCUUGCGGAUUUAAUUUCACAAAAGAUCGGGGAUGAAUGGCCAGUGCAUCUGGAUCAACUUGUAGCCCUGAAGAAGUGGGCUAAGGAUCCGAAUUUCCAGCGUGACGUGGCACAGGUGAAGCAGGAGAAUAAACUGAAGUUGGCACAGCUGCUGGAGAAGGAGUAUGGGGUGAAGAUCAAUCCUGCCAGUAUGUUCGACAUUCAGGUGAAACGUAUCCACGAGUACAAACGUCAGCUCCUCAACUGCCUCCACAUCAUCACUCUCUACAAUCGCAUCAAGCGCGAUCCCACGGCUGCCUUUGUGCCCAGAACCAUCAUGAUUGGCGGUAAGGCAGCUCCGGGCUACUACAUUGCCAAGAAGAUCAUCCAGUUGAUUUGUGCCGUGGCGAAUGUCGUCAAUAACGACCCAAUUGUCGGGGACAAGCUGAAGGUGAUCUUCUUGGAGAACUAUCGUGUCACCCUGGCGGAGAAGAUCAUGCCAGCAGCUGAUCUGUCCGAGCAGAUCUCCACAGCUGGUACUGAGGCUUCCGGCACGGGAAAUAUGAAAUUCAUGCUUAACGGUGCCCUUACAAUUGGCACCCUUGACGGAGCAAAUGUGGAAAUGGCGGAGGAGAUGGGCAAUGAGAAUAUCUUCAUCUUCGGCAUGACUGUGGAUGAGGUGGAGGCGCUCAAGAAGCGCGGCUACAAUGCCUACGACUACUACAACAGCAAUCCCGACAUCAAGCAGUGCGUUGAUCAGAUUCAAGGUGGCUUCUUCAGCCCAAGCAAUCCACAUGAAUUUAAGGAUCUUGCAGAUGUGCUCCUCAAGUACGAUCGCUACUACCUCUUUGCCGACUACGAGGACUACAUCAAGAAGCAGGAUAUUGUCUCGAAAACAUACAAGAAUCAAUCGAAAUGGCUCGAAAUGGCAAUCCACAAUAUUGCGUCCAGUGGAAAAUUCUCCAGUGAUCGUACAAUCUACGACUAUGCCACAGAAAUUUGGGGCUGUGAGCCAACGUGGGAGAAACUUCCGGCUCCUCAUGAGCCACGUGAUUGAGCACCAGGCGAAGCCCCCGGGGAAAAAGUUACGGAGAAAUUGGAAGCGGUAGUGCCGCCCUCGCCAUCAACGGAGGGAUGAAUCGCCAAUGUGCCAUAGAGAACAUCGAGAAAACACUGCCAAAGCACUCCCAAUCGCCAGAGAUCAUCGGGGCAGGAAUUUUUAGAUAUUUUGUGCAUAUUAUUGUUGUCUUUUGUAAAUACCCAUCAUAGAUAGAUUAUACUGAUAAAGAUGUUAUUCUGAGAAUACCAAUUAACCGCUCAUUAUUUUAAUCAUAAUCACUUUGAGACAGCUUUGUGAAUAAAAAUUUCUGUUAUUUUGUGGAGACAAAA